AAUAAUGUCCCAUUUAUCUUUUUGAGUUUUACUGGAAAAGGACUACAAGAUGCUGCUGUUGAUUUUACUGAUAUGUUUCAGCCCGAGCGUACUGGGGCAACUGGAGGAAUCCCAGUUUGGAGAUGAAACCGAUUCCGACCUCGCAGACUUUGAUUUAGACAUUGCGCCACGCAGGGUCCCACGGCAGGUGAAAACUAUACUAUCCAAGGAAACCAAACCUCACAUCCAGGAACUCUCCAUAAAGACCACCAUCAUCUCUCGCUAUGCCUUCACCGCGGUGUACUGCGCCAUGCUCAACCGGCACUCUGCCGCUACCGAGGGCGUCUUCCAGUUUCAGAUCCCAGCUGAUGCCUACGUCUCCAACUUCACCAUGAUCAUUGGAGGGCGUGUCUACCAGAGCGAGGUCAGGCUGAAGGAAAAGAGGGUCAAACAGGAGAACGGCAAAUCCAAGAACAAAAAGUCAGGUGAUGCAAGUCCUGAGCCGGAGGUGGAAGUGUUCAGGAUGGCGGCCAACAUCCCGGGUAGGAACCGGGCUGUCUUCCUGCUAACCUAUGAAGAGCUUCUGCAGCGGCGGCUGGGACGCUACGAACACGUGACCAGCCUGCGCCCGCUGCAGCUCGUCAGCCGCCUCAGCCUGGACGUCACCAUUGUCGACCACUCGCCCAUCAUGGACCUCCAAGUGCUGCCCCUCCGCAACGGCAGGAGCAGCAGCGGUGCUUCCAGCACUGCAGCUGGACCUAAUGCAACCAAGAUACCAGCCAACCCUGAGCCUCCCAUCACUACUGUGAUCAAAAACGAAAAGAACGUCUGCAAGAUCACCUUCAGCCCCAACAUCGUCCAACAGGCCAAGAUCACCACCAAUGGCCUCCUGGGAGACUUUGUGAUCCGUUAUGAUGUGCAGAGAGACAUGGGGAUAGGAGACAUUCAGGUUUUAAAUGGCCAUUUUGUCCACUACUUUGCCCCCAAAGACCUGCCAGUUGUGCCCAAGAAUGUGGUGUUUGUCAUCGACACCAGCGCCUCCAUGCUGGGGACUAAGAUCAGACAGACUAAAGAUGCUCUGUUCACCAUACUGAGGGAUCUGCGACCUGCCGAUCGCUUUAAUUUCAUCAGCUUCUCCAAUAAGGUCAAAGUUUGGCAGCCGAAUCGUCUCGUACCAGUGACGCCCCUUAAUGUCAGAGACGCCAAGAAGUUUAUUUACACGCUGGCAACUACUGGAGGCACAAACAUCGACGAUGCAAUCCAGACUGGCUCCUCUCUGCUUCGUGAGUACCUCUCAAGCCCUGAUGCCAGCCCGAACAGCGUCUCCCUCAUUAUUUUCCUGACGGACGGACGGCCCACGGUCGGGGAGAUCCAGUCCCCUGCGAUCCUGGGGAACACACGCUCAGCCGUGCAGGAGAAGUUCUGCAUCUUCACAAUCGGUAUUGGGAACGACGUGGAUUACCGACUGCUGGAGCGCAUGGCUCUGGAAAACUGUGGGAUGAUGAGACGCAUCCACGAAGACGCUGACGCCAGUGCCAUGCUCAAAGGGUUCUACGAUGAAAUAGGAACUCCUCUACUGUCUGACAUAAGGAUAAACUACACAGAGGACGCCGUCCAGUACGUCACUCAGCAUCUGUUCACAAACUACUUCAACGGCUCUGAGAUUGUCAUCGCCGGCAAGCUGACAAACCAAAGUGCAGAGUCACUCCACGUCCAGGUUACAGCCAGCAACAGCGACAAGAGCAUCAUCCUGGAGACCGACGUUCCACUGCUGCACCGACAGAUAGAGACUGAGAAACACGUGAAAGCAGCCACAGCAGCAUUGGCGACUGGGCUUAAGGCUCCAGCAUCAGGGGUCACACAAGCAUUAGGAGGUACUUUGGAUUCAAUGGCAGAAGAUUUUGUGGAACGUCUCUGGGGUUUCCUGAGCGUCAAGGAAGGGCUACGGUCGAGGCUGCGCAGCCAAACCAGCAAGGAGAGGGAAGACCACAUCCAGCAGGCCACCAAUCUGUCUCUGACCUACCACUUCCUCACUCCCCUCACCAACUUGGUGGUGGAGAAGCCUGAGGUCCUGGCUGAUGGCACCAUGGCCCCGUUGCCCACCAUCACCCCAGCAGCUGGUGAGGCUGUCUUAAAUGCUAAUGAGCUGCCAGAUGACACAGAAGAUGGAAAGCCACAGAAACCCAGUGGGAAGCCAGGCAGCCAGACUUCAUCUCUGGGCAACAAGAUUGGUAAAGCUGAAAGGAGACCCGCCAAGAAAUCCAUCACCAUCUCCAAAACAUCAGCGGAUGGUGACCCCCACUUUGUGGUUGAGUUCCCGCUCAGUAAACUGACUGUGUGCUUCAACAUCAAUGGUGAGCCUGGACACGUCCUGCGCCUGGUUUCUGACCACAAGUACUCUGGUGUGACAGUGAACGGUAAGCUGAUUGGUGCCCCGGCUCCACCGGGCAGCCACAAACAGCAGCGCACCUAUUUCAGCGCCAUCACUAUCGUGGUGGAUCAUCCCAAACGUGCCUACAUCGAGGUAACACCAAAGAAAGUCAUCCUGGACGGGCAGGACAGACUGGUGCUACCCUGCCACUCCACAGUCACAGUGGACAGCGGUGCUCUGUCAGUGUCAAUUGUGGGAAGGUUUAAUGUGACUGUGACGGUCGGAGGAAACAUCAUCUUUUUGAUCCUGCUGCAUCACUACAAGAAUCCAGCCCCCUACCAGAGAGACCAUCUGGGGUUCUACAUUGGUCACAGCAAGGGGCUUUCACCCAACUGCCAUGGCCUGCUGGGUCAGUUCCUGUAUGAGGAAGUGGGACUGGCACAGCUUCCUGCAGAAGGAGACAUGAAACCCUCGUCCAUCCUGAAGGUGAAGGACCGCUCAGUGCCGGUGGUUCAGAAGAGCAGGAGGAUCUACAGCGGGACUCAGAGCGUGGACUGCUGGUUUGCCCGGAACAACGCAGCCAAGCUGAUAGAUGGACAGUAUGAGGACUAUUUGAUGUCACACAUGUUUGACACAGGGGACUGGCCACACGGGACUAACAGAGUGUGACACCAUGACCACAAACUGUAGCAUUUUUGCCAUUUAUUUGACUUAACUCUUUUUACUGUGUAUCACAUGCCAACAGAUCCCAAACAUUUCACCUGUCAGUUGUCUUUUCACCUCCAGUUUCUUUUGAAUAUAUUUUUUUACUUAAAUAAUAAUUAAUGUUUUUAU